UAUGUUUCUUGUUUAAUUAAUUCUUAUCCACCAACCACAAGAAACCAAACCAACCCGCAUACUUUUAACAAUUUUUCUCUCCUCCCCUCCCAAUUUUCCAGAGAAAAUUCCUCACCGAGAAAGUGAGAGAGAGAGAGAGAGAGAGAGAGAGAGAAAAUGAACAAGAUGCACGGAUACACGGAGGUGGGCACGAACAGCGGCAAGGGAGUGGAGGUAGACAUAGAGUCAGGGGAGACCUUGUACCCAGGGCUAAGCAAAGGCGAGAACCAGCUACGAUGGGGUUUCAUUCGCAAGGUCUAUGGAAUCUUAGCCGCUCAGAUCGUUUUGACCACUCUCAUCUCCUUCGUCACCGUUCUCUAUGCUCCGAUCAACGAUCUCCUCAAGGGCAGCCCUGGAAUUCUCCUCUUCUUCGCCAUCCUUCCCUUAAUCUUGUUGUGGCCCCUGCAUGUGUAUCAGCAGAAGCAUCCCCUCAAUUUUGUCUUCCUUGGACUUUUCACUCUAUGUUUGAGUGUCACAGUGGGUGUUGCCGUUGCUAAUACAGAUGGAGCAAUUGUGCUUGAAGCCUUAGUUCUAACCUCGGCUGUGGUUGCAUCCUUGACCGCGUACACCUUCUGGGCUUCUAAGAAGGGCAAGGACUUCAGCUUCCUUGGACCAGUCUUGUUUACUGGCCUCAUUGUCCUCCUCGUAACCGGGUUCAUGCAGAUGUUCUUCCCGCUUGGCUCUACAACUAAUGCUAUUUAUGGUGCCAUUGGUGCUGUCAUCUUCUCUGGGUACAUCGUUUAUGACACCGACAACCUGAUCAAGCGCUUUACUUACGAUGAGUACAUCUGGGCCUCCAUCACCCUUUAUCUUGACAUUCUCAACCUGUUCCUGACUAUAUUGCGGAUGCUGAGGCAAAGCAACAAUUAGUUGUGCCGGCUGACUCAACUCUCUGCAGUCUGGUUUUGGCUGAAAAUCAAUUUGGACAUGGUAUAUGAGUCCAAGCCUGAACAUAAUCAUUGUGGAUGUAGAGUAUAUGUUUCCUUUUUACUCUCUAAAUAGUUCUAACAGCUGGGUGAGCUGUCUUGCACGUUACGUUAUGCAAAUUUCUUAGUAUUAUAACUUUUUGCCCAAAUUAAGUGUGCUAUAUCCCACGAUUCUGAUCUAUUCAA